AUGCAGGCUCUGACCGCUGCCCUCUUCCUCGGCCUUGUGGCCUUCGCUGCCGCUGGCUUCAUCGGCCACGGUUACGGCCACGGCCACGGACACGGCCACGUCGUCGUCGCUAACUCCGCCGUCACGCAUUCUAUCACCCCUGCUGCUCAUGGCGGAUUUGGCCACGGUGGGUGCGGCGGUCACGGCUGCGGCGGUCACGGUGGAUACGGUGGCUACGGACACGGAGGUUACGGUCACGGUGGACUCGUUGUCCUCGCGGGCCACGGCGGCUACGGCCACGGCGGCUACGGCCAUGGCUUCGGGCAUGGCUUC